GAGCUCUCCUAACGCUGUAGUACAGCACCAGAGAAAGCUACGCCCACUGCCCAGUCGGCGUCACGGUGGACGAUGCUCACCCGGUCCCUUCGCUAGGUCGUCAACCUGUCGAGUCACGAUGAACUGAGCUGAGCUACCGUUGAAAGCUUGUUCAAUCUUCGCUAUUGCUGUUUCUUUUCUUUUCUUGUGUGCCAAAGGUGUUGUAAUCACAUCAUUAUCAUCGUUGAGUAGUAACUAAUCCAUCUUUGCUCAGCCACAGCAAGAGUAGAUGAGGCCGGGAGCAAGCAAGAAGGCGAUGCAGCCAAGAUUCGUGCACCUCUCUCUGCUCGUCCUCUUCCUCCUCGCCUCGCCUUGUUCCUCGCGGGAGCAAGAAGACGGCGGCGGCGGCCUCCACGAGAGCUUCCUCCGCUGCGUCGCGCGCCUCUCGCCGGCCACCGCCGACCUCUCCCGGCUCGUCCACGCGCCGGCGGCCGCCUCCUUCAACUCUUUACUCAACGCCACCAUCCAGAACCUCCGCUUCGCCUCGCCGCGGACGCCGCGCCCGGCGCUGCUCCUCACGCCCCGGACCGUCGCAGAGGUGCGGGCCUCCGUCUCAUGCUGCCGUCGGCACGGGCUCACGGUCCGCGCCCGCAGCGGCGGCCACGACUACGAGGGACUCUCCUACCGCUCGCUCCGGCCCGGCGGCGUGAGCGGCGCCCGCCCCUUCGCCGUCGUCGAUGUCGCUGCGCUCCGGGAGGUGCGCGUCGACGCGGCGCGCCGCGUGGCCCGCGCCGGGCCCGGGGCCACGCUCGGGGAGCUCUACUACGCCGUCGCGCGCGAGGGCGGCGGGGAGCUCGGGUUCCCUGCCGGGAUCUGCCCCACGGUCUGCGUCGGCGGCCACCUCAGCGGCGGUGGGUUCGGGCCCAUGAUGCGGAAGCACGGCCUGGCCGCCGACAAUGUCGUCGACGCCGAGGUGGUGGACGCCGACGGGAGGCUCCUCGACCAAGCGGCCAUGGGCAAGGACCUCUUCUGGGCGAUCAGGGGCGGCGGCGGUGGCAGCUUCGGCAUCGUCGUUUCUUGGACGGUGCGGCUGGUCCCUGUGCCGCCCAUCGUCUCCGCAUUCACCGUCCGCCACCUCCGGCGAGGAAACGAGCAGCAAACCCAAGCAAUGCUUCGCCUCCUGACCAAAUGGCAGCGCGUGGCGCACGCGCUCCCGGACGACCUGUUCGUCAAGGUGGCCAUGGAGUCCAAGCUCGACGACGCCGGCGAGAGACAGCCACUGGUGACCUUCAAGUCACUGUUUCUUGGCAACUGCAGCGGCAUGAUCACCGAGAUGGACGCCCAUCUGCCUGAACUAGGCAUCAAGCCAAGCGACUGCAAAGAUAUGAGUUGGAUUCAGUCCAUGCUCUACUUCUACGGCUACACCAAUGGCCAACCUGCCGAGGUGCUCCUCGACAGAACGCUGCAGCCCAAGGAUUACUACAAGAUCAAGCUGGACUACCUGACAUCGCCAAUUCCGACAACCGGCCUAACCGGACUGCUUACGAAGAUCGUCGAAGACAAUGGCGGCUCGAUCGACAUUGACCCGCAAGGUGGCAGGAUGAGCGAGAUACCAGAAUCCGACACGCCUUACGCGCACCGGCGAGAGUACCUCUACAAUGUGCAGUACUUUGUCAAGUGGGGAGGUGACAAGAAUGUGUCAUACGAGGAUGAGCACCUGGGCUGGGUGAGGGGGUCGCAUGAGUUCAUGACACCCUAUGUGAGCAAGAGGCCUAGAGCUGCGUACAUCAAUUUCAGGGACCUGGACCUGGGGCAGAAUGUGGAGGGGAGCACGGGCUAUGAGGAGGCCAGGGUUUGGGGCGAGAAGUACUUCAGGGGCAACUUCAGGAGGCUGGCAAUGGUGAAGGGUGUGGUGGAUCCUGAGCAGGUGUUCUGGAGUGAGCAGAGCAUCCCUCCUCUGGUUGUGGCCACAAGGAAGAGCCAGAAUGGAUUGGUUUCAGGCAGUUGAUUAAUUAUUCAGAUCCAUUUGGCUUUUUGUUCUUGCAUAGUGUGUCUGCCAGUGCUUUAUGAUAAUGCAUAUGAUAGUGUGUAAUGUUGUGUAUUGUAUUAGAUGUCAUAUUGUAUCUAUAUUUUCUUAGAAAUACAUCAUGAUAAUCAGUGAAUAGAUGUAUCCCUGAUGCAUGCUCA